CCCCUCCGCAUCGUCAUUCGACUCUCCCUCGGUUCUUUAGCUCUCCAGCUCUUGAGAGCCGCUGGUAGACCCGAUUAUAUCUGGUUCUGCCUCAGCAUCGCGGUUCCGAGUCUCGUCCGUACUGAUUCAUAGCAUUUGGCUCCCCGAAUCGGCGGUUUCCCGACAUUUCUAGACUCCGAGUCUUGUUUCUAGUGGAUUGGACUCUUUCACGACCAUAAAGGUGGAGGGGAACAAGAAAUAAGACAAAACGAGUUGGCAGCCACUCAUUCCACACGUAUCGACGUGGGUUGAGAGGCGUGGAGAACUUGCAGGAUGACUGCUACUAUGAACGGGACGUUCAACUCGACCCCUGACACACCUUCCCCCGUCUAUCCCGAUCGUCUGAUUCGACCUCUCCCUCGACGCACCCUGCGCUCUCGAUUGUCCACCGAUGCGGCCGACACCAUCCAUUACCCACCCACACCGCCAGCUUCGCAGAUUUUCUACGGCGUCGGAGACACAGAAGAGGUGGCCCCUCAUGGGAAAGCCUAUGCUCGGCAAAAAGCAUUGGAGAGACACGAACUAACACCGGAGGCCGACUCACACGGCUUCGAGACGGCCGUGGAACUUGAAAGCGGGGACGAAGACGGGCCAGUAGUCGUACGGCGGAGUGCAGGAUUUCGAGGAUCGAUGUCGCCGGGGUCUAGUCCGCAGCGGCCAGCUUUCUCUGGCCAGGGUCAAAAUCAACACGAGGGUCAAGGUCGGGACGGUUCGCAGAAAUCCUCCGGGCCCGAUGGGUACGAUGCGUUCGAAAACACAAACAACAAGAAAAAGAGGAAAAUUCCAACUCCGGGGAACAUGGGUGGUCAUCACUCUGCUCUCUCCCCGGAAUUUGCCAGCAUGGGUCUAGCUAGCUCGGCCCCGUCACCACCUGCGGCUAGUGAUGGCAUGUCAACAGGUACCUAUUAUGGAAAUGGCAAUCCCGCGUCGCCUUUGAGCAGUGGGAUAUCCGGUUCUGGUCGAGGUCGUUUGGGACGAAGCUCAACUCGCAGCAACAGCGGGCGAAACCCGCUGUCCGCAAAUGCGCAGAAUGCGUGGAUGAAUAGCACUCGGCCGCCUGCUCGGCGGGAUGGCCUGAUGUCCUCCCCUGGACCAUCCGGUGAAUCCGCCGACCAAGGCAUCAUUUCGACUGCCAUUGCCAACGCGGCUACCUUCUCCUCUCCCCCCCGAGGCCCCAGCAAUGUCAGCCUGCUGGAUCAAGAAAACACGACCCCGACCAAGACUCAAUUCACGUUCACGUGCGAAUCGGACUCCUCGAAAGGAAUGGCCUUGCAGCGAAACUCAUACUCUGGGCCAUACCGCUCCCCGACUUCCCCUCUCGCUCCUACUACUCAAAACCCUCGGGGUUUCUCCACACAAGGAACCCAGACGAGCCCAAAUAUGGCUGCACCAAUGAACCAGCAGGUUCCUCCCGGCACGCAAAUGUCGUCCCCGCAAGGAGACCAGGCAUCCGUGGGCCGCAAGAAGAAGCGCUCUCCAGGCAGCGUCUACGCACUGGCCGCGCGACAACGCAAGAUCCAGCAACAAUACACCAACAUCCACCACCCGCCUAGCCUGGAGGACAUCUGGAUUUGCGAGUUUUGCGAAUACGAGAGCAUCUUCGGACACCCGCCGGAGGCACUCAUUCGGCAGUAUGAGCUCAAAGACCGCAAGGAGCGCAAGCGGCUGGCUGAGAAGAAGCGCCUCCUCGAAAAGGCCAAGAUGAAGGGCCGCAAGACCAAGAAGGCGACCAAGAAUGCGAAGAAUGCCUCCUCCCACCAGGGAUAUCAACAAGGCUAUGAUCGCGCCUCAGUCGACCAUUCUUCUGCCGCCGGGUCUGGCCUCCCGGACGACGAGUACAUAGGCCAUGAAUAUGAUGACGACCAGGGAUCUAUUCCAGGCCCCGACCCUGCCUCUCCGACAGAUCUCAAGCCCCCGCUGCCGCCAGCAGACAUUCCCCCCAAGGCCUUUGCAGCUGGUGGAACCGUCAAUGGCGCUGCAGAUGCGGGGGCUAGUCGACCAGCCUGACCUUAGGCACGGUUCGACACGGCACGACCCCUUGACUUGAUCUAACCGGAUCUUGUUGGGACUUUUGCAGGUUGGUCCUUUAUUGAAGUGAGUGUGCAUAUUUUGCUUGAGAACAUGUCUGUUUUUUGCGCGGGUCAGAUAGGAUUCAUCUCCGUUGGGACGGCGUGGAUCGGAUGGUUUACGAGUAUUUGCAUCUUGGAAAUUCCCCCCUCUAUUAAAGCAUUUUUGGAUUGGCGAGCGAUUUUCAUUGGGCAGGGGUUUCUUUUCUUGUUCAUGAAGGGUUUGAUUCUCUGUAAUUGUAAUGACAGAUCUCGCCGUGUUGAGCGAUGUGCAUAUUAAGAAUAUCAUUGGGACUUAGAUCAGAA